GGGAGGUCCUCGCGGCGGGUAGCGGGCUCGGCGGCGGCGGCUCCUCGGGUGAGGGCGAGCGGAGGCCGGCGGGGAAUCCUCAGGCCGGACCGGCGAAGGGGUCGGCUGAGCCGCUUCUCGGCGGCCGUUGGGACAGCAAUAGCAAUGGAUGAUUACACUAAAAUAGAGAAGAUUGGGGAAGGUACCUAUGGUGUUGUGUAUAAAGGUCGGCACAAAACCACAGGCCAAGUGGUUGCAAUGAAGAAAAUACGUCUAGAAAGUGAGGAGGAAGGUGUUCCGUGUACUGCUAUCCGGGAAAUUUCUUUAUUAAAAGAGCUGCAUCAUCCCAAUAUAGUCUGUCUUCAGGAUGUUCUUAUGCAGGACUCAAGACUGUACCUUGUCUUUGAAUUCCUUUCCAUGGAUCUCAAGAAAUACUUGGAUAGUAUUCCACCUGGCCAGUAUUUGGAACGUUCACGUGUUAAGAGUUACUUGUAUCAAAUCUUGCAAGGUAUUGUCUUCUGCCAUUCAAGAAGAGUUCUGCACAGAGACUUAAAACCUCAGAAUCUCUUAAUAGAUGACAAGGGAGUGAUUAAACUUGCAGACUUUGGAUUGGCUCGAGCCUUUGGAAUUCCAGUGCGGGUGUACACUCAUGAAGUAGUGACACUGUGGUACAGGUCUCCAGAGGUGCUGCUAGGAUCUGCUCGUUACUCUACUCCUGUAGACAUAUGGAGCAUAGGUACCAUAUUUGCUGAGCUGGCAACUAAAAAGCCACUUUUCCAUGGGGACUCGGAGAUUGACCAGCUCUUCAGAAUCUUCAGAGCUUUAGGUACCCCCAACAAUGAGGUAUGGCCUGAAGUGGAAUCCCUGCAAGACUAUAAAAACACAUUCCCAAAAUGGAAACCUAGCAGCCUGGGAACACAUGUCAAAAACUUAGAUGAAGAUGGACUCGAUCUGCUGUCUAAAAUGUUAAUUUAUGAUCCUGCAAAAAGAAUUUCUGGCAAAAUGGCCUUGAACCAUCCAUAUUUUGAUGACUUGGACAAAUCCACUCUUCCUGCUAAUCUGAUUAAGAAAUAAUAGAUCUUUGGACUAAAUCAGCCAGAGUGAAAUAAUUGUGAUUACUUUUACUGUUAAGUCUGUCUGUAACUUGUAUGUCUGUCUUUCUGCUCUAAAACUGUGACUGUUUAGUUUGUUUUGGUUUAAGUGUUAUCUAAAUGUAAAUAUUAACAUAUUAGUGCUGAGUUUAAAUGCAAUGCAAAUAUUGCUGCCAUUAAUGCAGUGAACUUUCUAUAAAUAAAGCUUUAAACCUA